AUGACCUCAGAUAGUUCUACCCUUUCUGUUCUCAGAAGAUAUUCUUGGGAUGAGGUUACUCACCCUACACUCCACCUCUUGGGUGAUCAAGGAGCUCAAAUUUGUUUGAGCGCUGUGUCCACGGCUCAACAGCAGUCAAGCAAUGGGUACAAUUAUUUGUCUCCUGGAAACAUUGGGAACAAUUUCAACAAUCAGAACAAUGGGAAUAGUUUUAAUAACCAAAACAAUGGGAACAAUUUCAACAAUCAGGACAAUGGGAACAGUUUCAAUAACCAAAACGAUUGGAACAAUUUCAACAGCCAGAACAAUGGGAACAAUUUUAAUAACCAAAACAAUGGGAACAAUUUCAACAAUCAGAACAAUGGGAACAAUUUCAACAAUCAGAACAAUGGGAACAAUUUCAACAAUCAGAACAAUGGGAACAAUUUCAACCAGGACAACGGAAACUUCAACAACAACAAUAACAUCAACGGCCAGCCGGGCUUGCAAAACGGACAACAGCCGGCCAACAUGAACGGACCAAUGCCAUACAACUUCGGCUACGAGGUGAAGCAACCAAUGUACGGGAACUUCUACGGACACGAGGCAAAUGGCGAUGGAACCCGAGAGGAAGGGCGCUACUACGUACUGCUGCCCAACCGUCAGCUAAUGACUGUUCGCUAUGUCGCAGACGCCGCUGGAUAUAGGCCUAUGAUUACAUUCACCAGCAUUACGGGAAAUCCCAUGUUUGACAAUUUUUUAUUUGGACCAGAUGCCAAGGGCGGCCACGGAUCAUCGGGAACGAUUGACAACGAUCCAUCGUCGUCGGUAACUGAGAACAUAAAUUUUCCUAUUACGUCAUCAGGAACAACGUUAUCUAGAACGUCAACUUCUACAUACAGACCACAUGCAACUACACGUCAAAGCACAGCUAUCACACGGACAAUACCGACAACCACACGCCCAAUAUCUACUACCAGACGCCCACCAUUUACCACAUCUAGAACAACUACAUACAGGCCACCUACAACCACACGUCAAAAUACAACACCCACACGAACAAUACCUACAACCACACGCCCAAUAUCGACCACCAGCCGCCCACCAUUUACCACAUCUAGAACAACUACAUACAGGCCACCUACAACUACACGUCAAAAUACAACUCCCACACGAACAAUACCUACAACCACACGCCCAAUAUCGACUACCAGACGCCCACCAUCCACCACAUUUAGAACAACUACUACAUACAGGCCACCUACAACCACGCGUCAAAAUACAACACCCACACGAACAAUACCAACAACCACACGCCCAAUAUCGACCACCAGCCGCCCACCAUUUACCACAUCUAGAACAACUACUACAUAUAGGCCACCUUCAACUACACGUCAAAAUACAACUCCCACACGAACAAUACCUACAACCACACGCACAAUAUCGACUACCAGACGCCCACCAUCUACCACAUUUAGAACAACUACUACAUACAGGCCACCUACAACCACGCGUCAAAAUACAACACCCACACGAACAAUACCUACACCCACAUCCCAAAGACCUGCCACAGGAUAUUAUAUGGGUACGCCAUCCACACUCAGACCAGUUAGUGUGAACACACCAGGAGCACCUCUGUCUAGCAGAUCAACAACGCCUAGGGGAGGGACACCUUUCCAGUUUCCAAGACCAGUUCAAAACAAUGGUGGCAAUGGGAACUCCAACAAUUCGCCUGGUUUUGGCUAUCUUCCUCCACCAGCUAACAAUAACAACGGUGGUUCACAAAACAAUGGUAAUUCUGGACGAGGUUUUUCACAAAAUGAUUUAUUUAACAAUGGAUUUAAUUUUUUUGAAUUCAAUAGGCUGACUACGACACCCAGGAGCAGCACAUUUCCGACAACGGCGACCCAAAACACUCAAGUACCAACAUCUGCCACCACGCAGACUCCGGUCAGAACCACAGAUUACUACAACAGGGGAGCAUACUUUACGAAUUCUCCACCAACUACAGUGCGACCCCCCACAACAUUACGAUCCUCUUCCCUUCCCCCAAGAGCGGAGCAGCUUUCACCCUUCUUCGAGUUUUUCAAAAUAAAAUGAUAAGGCAGAUCAUGGGUUCUAGUGGUGUUCAGUACUCGUCUAAGUUCUUUAUCUAGUCUACUCUGUGAGCCAAAGAGGCAAUGCAGGCUCAGAUGACGUAUUCAUUAGAUGAAAUCAAAGGUAUUGCAACCAAAGAUAGGUUAACCAAGUCUUAAAAUGUCCUUUAUUUAGCAUAAGUAGGGUUCAAUUGCAAAAAUACAU